AUGAAUGGAUUGGUUGAAUCCACAGGGUUUUUGAAUUAUCUCUUGAAUGACAUUGAUUAUUUGCCGAAGCCGUUUCUCCCAUCAUUCGAAUCAUUACCCGUCGAGGAAGUGAGUUUUUGUUCUCAUGGAGAAAUAAUUUUUUUUGGCCGUUUUCUCAAAUACUAUUUGAGAAAAUUUCCUUGAAAAAAAUGCAUUCAAAUCAUUCGAUUAUUAACGAAAUCAAGCGAUUAUUUUUUUUCAGGUUUAUCAAGAUUCAACCCUUUUCUUAUUCAACGACGAUGUUUUGAAAAGGAUUAUUUCUUUCGUGCCGGUUAAAGGUUUUCCCGAACCUAAGCGCGAGUUUUUACAAAAAAAAUUUUUUUUCAGAGAGAUUUGGAUCAUGCGCUUUAGUUUGUCGAAAGUUCAACGAGAUAGUAAAGAAAUCGGUCAAAUCAGUAGCCUUCUACCGGGAUGGGAUCGAUUCACUCGACGACGCGACUUUGGCAGCUUUUCUCAAUUCUUAUGGAGAGGGCAUCAAAUACCUGAACUUUGAUCUUUUCCGUUCUUCACCAUUGAAGGUUAAAUUUUACUGUUCAAUUUUUUUGUAAGAAUCUUUCAGGAGUGCACACAGUGGGCCUGGAGGCAACAGGUAGUUCUUUCUGUCCGCCAAUGUCCACAACUUCGAUCUCUUGAUAUCCUUGUGUGCACACGACACAGGCUACGCGAUGCAGAUUUAUUGGCUGUAGGUUAUAAGUUUGACGUCCUCGUUAAUAAUUUUGCAUUAAGGUAUUCAAAUCCUGUCCACAGCUGGAAGUUUUGAAAAUUGACGCCCAGUACAUCAGUGGACACUGUCUGGCCGUUAGUUUUUCUUUUCCAGUUUUAUCAUAUCGGAUUCCAUUUCCAGCGCGCUCCGCUCACUUUGAAGCAACUCGAAAUGGAAAUGUGUUACCGCUUUUUAGACAAAAAUGUCCAGAACUUUUGUACAAAGCUUAAAAACUUGAAGGUUUGUUUUUCGAUCUUUUUUAAAUCUUCUUUCGGCUUUCAGAUACUUCAUAUGUCUCAAUUGUUUUGCUUGAACGACAACCUUUUGAACUAUUUCUCGCGGAUGGCAAAGUUAAAAGAGCUGUCGCUCAUAUCGAACGUCAAAACUGUUUAUAAAGGUAUCUCCCACAGAGAAAGACGCCUUUUGAAAUAAUUUUCUGCUGUUAGAUUUGUCGUUUCACGGUUUCUGCUCGCUGAGAAAUUUGAGAAAAAUCGAGGUUCUUUGCCUAGAAGGUUUCUCUAUGAUCAACAACGCUGUACUUGCGGUGAGCUCCCUUUUAGUUAUUGUUCAAUCCUCUAGAACUUAAGAUCAGGACAGCUAUUUAAUUGUUGUUUUCAGGAGCUGUGCAACAUUAAGCGGCCUCUUGCCAACUCGCUUACGAGCUUGUCUCUGGCGUUCUGCAAUACUAUCAAUUCGUACGUUCCUCUUCACCAAAUAUUGAAAUUUUCUCAAAUAUCAAAAAUUUAAAACAUUCAGCGAGGGCAUCAAACGUUUGGCUGAACUACCCAAACUGCAAAACUUGAACCUUGAUGGCAUAACGAGGAACGAAAUUUCCACAGGGGUCAGCGCGAUUGUAAGGAAAAGAGCGUUGACCAGGGUUUUCUUGAUAUUCUCAAUAUCAAUCUAUGAACAUUUUUCAGCUGUUCCUGGCAGAAGAGACGCACGUUGGUCCAGGAUGCGUCCUGAACGUCAUCCAGAAAUGCUCCAACUUGCGGCUCCUCGACCUUUCCAACAACGACAAAGUCCUGGCCGACGGUUUCCCUUCGAGAUGUGUAGGUAUAAGGUGGAAGUUCAGCACUCAUUGAGAUGCUCAGGUCGACUUCAAAACAAGUUCGAAAGGGAGUCGUCUCCAUAUACUCACUAACAACGAAAUGGCGUGGCAGAACAUUUCUGCCAGUUUCCCUCUGUUCGAAGAAAGGCCGAAGAUCGAAAUUGUUCAUUUGCAUCGCAAUAUUCUCCCUUCGUGAGUUCUAAUAUUUUUGAGACCGCGUUCUGAUAAAGAAAAUGAAUUCAAUAUGACUUUUUAUUCUGAAGGGGUUUCAAAAAUAAACAAAAAAUCUGCACAACCAGAGAGAUAUUGCACAAAAAAGUAGUAAAAGGCUUUGCAGUAUUUUUUUUUUUGAGCUAACGGCUUAAUGGGAAGAUAUAUUCAGCGUCCGACGACAUCAAUUAGUCGGUAUUUUCCAAGAGUUAGCACGUUUUCUGUAUUUCCAGGCUUCCUGAGUCUUAUAAAAUCCGCUCUAAAGAUGUAUUUGAGUAGUUAUUUACAGUAUUUCUUUGAAGUUUUAAAGCCUUUCAGGAAAACUUCCUAACUGUUUUUUACUGCUCUUAUUCUUAUUUUUCAAGGGGUUACCUACCGGAAGAUUCGGUAAUAUCCGCCGAUGGUCCUUUGCAAUUGGCCGAAGGAACUUUGGCUCCUAAUCUACGCCGUGGAAAUCGCUACCGUCUGCUUGUGGAGGCGAUUGGCUGCAAUUCAGAAAAUCGGUCAGAUUCUGCGGAAGAUGAGGUUGCUUUUCUUUAAAUGAUCCUUCGUACGUGUUGUUUUCGCAAUGAAUUUUUUCAGGAAAACUGUCGUCCUCUACAAUCGUCCAGCAACCAGAUACGAGAAACGCAUCAGUUCUCGAGUUUUGAUUGCAAAAACAUGUGAAUACUUUUUCUUUUUUUUUUAUUUCUUUGGUUCUCCAGGGCGGCGUCAAGAAGUGGAGGCAGGAAGAUGUCGAAAACGGCUGCGGAGCCUGGGAUCGUAUCGCCUGCUGACUUCUUCCCAAGGUUUUCUGAAACAUUGAAAAAGAAAGCCAGCCGGCAAAUUUAAAGGGAAUAUUCCCCUUCUUUUCAAAAUUAUAAAUUUAAAGCACGUGUUUAUUGAAAAUGUCGAAGAUUGAAAAAGAAAAAAAUUGUUUUAAUCAGGAAUAUAGAAAUUCAGACAAAACUGAAGAGUCUGUUCUAUGGAAGUUUGCCCCACAUUUAUCUGAGCGAGUGCUCAAACAAAAGCUACCGCCAGUCAAAAUCUCUGUAUAGUAUUAUAAAUCGAAAGUUUCAACUGACAUCUUCCAGUGAAAACUUCCAUUUCGGAGCCUUCGAACAGCACGAAGACGCGCAGUUCUUCGACUUGGUCCAUCAGUUCCCGCCGAUGAUGUUCAUCCCUCAGCCGUUCUACGUAGAGCCGUCGGCCGACGUCGAGGCCAUGAUGGCGCUUCUGACGACGGGAAGUGGCGGAGCUCCGCGGCCUCCGCCUCAGAUCCACGUCCCCGAACUUCUGAUGAAAGAACGCUACACGAGGACGCCGAGGUCGAAGCGACGGAGUCGGAACUCGCCACCGAAACCUCCAGUGACGGUGGCCCCAGUCUUCAAAGAGGACGACUUCCCGCCACUUUGCUGA